CCCUUGGAAGUGGACCAGGAGCCAAAGAACGAGUUGAACGAACCACCUGCCACCCAUCCAGCUGUGUGCUGCGAGGAUUCUAACGCAAAACUUCGACUCCAACUCCCAACGGGAGACAAAAUUUAUUAAUUUCUGAUCGAAGCAGUGCGAGGAGUAGGAGUCAACCAUGUGCCAUGGAGAGCCUGGGCCUGGGAAGCAGACGCAACAACAGCGGCAACUCCAACGCGGGUCCGACGACGGGAGUGGGAGUGGGAGUGGUUGGAGGACACAGCCAUCACCUGGGAAAGGUUCUGGUCCACUCGAAGAUGAAGCAUCAGCAUCCCGCCAAUCAGAACUAUUACACGCAGCAGCAGACCCAGCUGCAGCGACUCAAGCAGCAGCAAAAGCUCCAGCAACAACAGCAACAACAGCAACAACAGCAGCAGCAGCAGCUGGAGGGGAUUCACGGGGUGGGUGUGGCUAAGCACUGUCUGCAGUUUCCACCGCCACCGGACUACCCGCCGCCGGCAGCAGCUGCAGUUGCAGCAGCAGCGGCAGCAGCAGUCUCCUCGGCGGCAACCGGCGGGGUGUCCACCUCGCUGCUGCUGGAGCGGAAUGGAGGCAGAAGACAGCUGCUGCCCCGCUAUCCGGAUCCCGAUCCGGAUGCCAUUGAGAUCUGCAACGAACAGGAGACCUCACCGCACCACCUCAAACAGCUGGCGGCGCGCCAGAGCAAGACACUCGGCAGGAUCCACACGCACCACCAGCAGCACCACCAACAGCAGCAGCAGCAGCAGCAGCAGCAUCCACUGCAGCACCAUGUCCACCAUGACUACUCCUACGCGUACUAUGAGCCAGGAGCUGCCAUGCGCCAUUCGAAUGUGCCCCGGCCGGAGGGAGCGGCGGCAGCCACCAAGGCCGGUGCCGGCUCAGCGUCAGCAGCGUCUGCGGCAACGGCUGGAACAUCCACCAACUCCUCCUGCUCCAGCUCGUCCUCAUCCAGCGAGCCGCCGCCGCCCAACUCCAUACGCGCCCUGCUGUCCAAGGGCAAGAAGAACAAGCAGCUCGUCUCCCCGGCCACCCUGCAGUCCUACCAGACGCGCUACCACAAGCUGGCCACCGCCUCCCGUCUGGGCCUGGGACAGAGCGAGAACUUUUACGAGGAGAUCAAUGCGGCCGCCCUGCAGUCCUCCUCGGCCAUGAUCCCAAAGCCAUCGUCCCACCAGCAACAGCAGCAGCAGCCGCAGCAGCAGCAUCAGCUGAGGGGCGCUGUGGGCUCCCAUUCGGCGGGUUCGCUCAAUCAGACGCUGGUCGAGGAGGAACAGCGUCGGGUGCAGAGUCGCCACCACAAGAUUCUGGGCGAGCUGAAUCUCAGCGUGGAGGCCAUGCUCAUGCCGGAGAGUCCGCCCAAAGUGUCACAGCAGCCCAGUGCCACGGGGGAAGGCAGUGGCAAUGGCAGUGCCACAACAGACAGUGGCCCGCCCCUCUGUCCCUCUGCCACGCCCCCCAAGCCCACUGUCUGCGUGACGGCGGCCAGCGGACAGCCGUCAAUGCUGCUGGCGCGACUCGCCUCCACAUCGGCGGACAACAUCUGUGAUAGCAGCGAAACUGGAAGCGGCGGCGUGGAGCAGCUGCUGCUGGCCACGCUCAAGACGGCUCCGGCGGCAGCCACCACCUCCGGGGGCACGGGCACCGCCUGCGACCUGGACAGUGGCUUCAGCGGCAGCAGCGGCGCCAGUUAUAUCGGCAGCCUGCGCCUCACCAAAACGCAGCACAUCAAGUGCGCCCGCCAGACGCCCACAGCCUCCGCCACAAUGUCCACGAUGGCCACACAGAGCUGUCGAUCCUUUCAGCGGGCAGCCACUGUCUACGAUGAGGCGGGCAUGGGCGUGGGCAGCGGCAGCGGCAGCGGCAGCACCUUCCUGACGCGCGCCUCCUGCGGCCGACGCAUACUCAGCUGCGCCCGCAUCAGGGCUGCCGAGGAUCCAGGACCAAAUCAUCAUCUAAAUUUUAAUCAUAGAACGGGUGUACAGCUCAUGACGCCUGUGGCAACGGCAACGGAGUCGAAGGCGCGCAGCUUCUGGAACCGCAAGGGUUGGCGUAAGCUGCCCGGAUUCUCGACGUCCACAUCGAGCAUCAAUGAUGCGGGUCUGCAAGAUGAGCAUCGCAUAAACUCUGGCUCAUGGGAGGACACCUUGGACGACCAGCAGCAACAGCAGCAUCAGACGUCUUCGUUUAUCCACUCGCCGUCGUCGAUCAAUCCGGGGCACAACGCCAGCAUCACCACAGCGCAGCUGCAUAGCGCCUUCAGUCGACGCAUUGCCGAACAGCGAGAGCAACGAGAGCAGCAGCAGCAGCGAGAGCAGCAACAGCAGCAGCGAUCCUGCAACAAUCUCAGUCUUAAAGGCAGUCCUAGCGGCAGCCAGGACAGCGGCGCCCCCACAAUUGCCGGCGGAAGCUUCAGCGCCAACGGUGGCCAGGCUGCCGUUGGUGUUGGCGUUGGCGUUGGGGCAGUCGUAGGCAGCAGCGGCGCCUGCAGCAGCACCAGCAGCGAGCGAGACAACAAAUCGCCGAGUCGAGAUAGAGAGAGGGAGAGGGAGAGGGAAGCACCAACCGCCAGCCACUCCGACGAGGAGGUAUUAACCGAGGAGGAGCAGACCAGCAGCAGCGUGAGUUCUUUAAGCGCCAACAACCAACGCAAUUCGCAAUUGCGUUCCACCUUCAACAAGGCCAAGCAGCAUUUGUCCUUUGACAAAUGGCGCACGGCCGGCACCGGCACAGGACCCGGUUCCGGUUCCGGUUCAGGCACCGCAACAGCCGGCACUUCUAGUAGCUCUGACAGACAAACCGCAGCCCCAUCCACAGACAGCAACAUGAUUAUGCGCAGGGCCAGCGCCUGCACGAUGCCAGCCACAGGCGGCUCAUCGUCGUCAUCGCAGCGCGAGGACCUCACGACUCCCGGCGAGUCCCCAGGCGGACGUCUCUCUCGCUGGUUCUCGAUACGUCGCGGCUCCACGCACCAGUACGAUGUGCGCCAGUCGACGGCAUCCAGCUUCGAUACGCCCGAUGCGGCAGCAACGGCAACGGCAACGGCAACGGCAUCGGCAUCGGCCGCUGGCACCACCACCUUGGGAGGAUCUCCGAAAAUAGUGGCAGGAGCAGCACUGGACUGCGCCUCGCCCGGCAAGCUUGCCACAUUGGGAGCCAGCAAGAUGAUGCCCGGCGUACCUGAGAAUGAAGAUGAUGAGGGAUCCGCUUCGGCGGUGGCCAGCAACCGCUUCGACAUGGACAUGAUGCUGACGCCGAGCGGCAGUCGGGCAGUGGCAGCCAAUGGGGGGGGCAAUGCCCGUACCGCUCAUGGCCGUCUCAUUGUACCGAUGCUGCCACCGGCACCGGCCGGACUCUCGCAGCAGCAGCUCAAGCGGCGACACAUUGUGGCAGCCAUCGUGCACAGCGAGAACUCGUAUGUGGCUACCCUCCAGCGUCUAGUCAAUGAUUACAAGAAACCCUUGGAGGAGUGCAAUCCACCCGUUCUGAAUCCAGUGAAGAUCGCCACUCUGUUCCAUUGCCUGCCGGACAUACUGCACUCGCACAAGCUGUUCCGCAUCUCGCUGGCUGAGUGCGUACGCAACUGGGACAGGGACGAGAAGAUUGGGGAUUGUUUUGUGAGCGCUUUUGGCAAGCCGCAGCUGCUGGAGAUCUACUCUGGCUUCAUCAACAACUUCUCGGCGGCCAUGGAGCUGGCCAAGAUGGAGGAGAAGCGCAAGUCCGCGCUGGCUGACUUCUUCAAGGUGAAGCAGAUCAGCGCCCACGAUCGCCUGUCGUUCUUUGGGCUGAUGGUGAAGCCCGUGCAGCGCUUUCCCCAGUUCAUAUUGUUCCUGCAGGAUCUGCUCAAGUACACACCGCAGGGCCAUCACGAUCGCAUGUCCCUCCAGCUGGCCCUCUCCCAGCUGGAGCUGCUCGCCGAACUGCUGAACGAGAGCAAGCGCGAGGCGGAGCAGUAUCAGGCCUUCAAGGAGAUGCUCGGCCACAUCUCGGGCACCUUCAACACGCGGGCACUCAGCAGCGUCAGCGUCACCGAUGGCGGCGGUCCACGUCCGCGCUACCUUCUGCGCGAGGACAAUGUCACCCACAUGGAGUUCAACCAGGCCGGCCUGAUGGUCAAGUGCAAGCAGCGACGGCUGCUGCUGCUCAACGACAAGGUCAUCUGCGUGUCCGUCGCCCCCAAGCAAUCGCACGAUUUCGGGGCCACCGAGAAGCUCACCUUCAAGUGGAUGUUCCCCGUCAACGAUGUCGAGAUUGUGGACAACAGCACAUCGGCCACGCUGUCGCGUAUACUCACAGCAGGUCUCAAUCGCGGGGGCAGUCUCAAGUCGAACAGCAGCACUGGCGGUGCCACUGGCAGCCCCUAUGCCCAUGGCACGCUACCGGGCUAUGGCGGAGCGGACAGCAGCUCGCCGGCAGCGGCCCUCACCAGCGGUGCCGACAACCUCUGCAGCGAGAUGAGCACUUUGAUGUACGACUACGAGGUGAUCUCGCGUAUCCACGAUCUGGUGGGUAGCCUCAAAGGCAGCUACAAGGAUCUGAAUGCGAACACGACACGCACCGUGCUGAAUGCCAUACAGGGCUCCAUUCAGCGCAAGGACGAGGAAAUGGCAUGGGUGGACUCGUGCUGUCUGCAGGUGGUCGGACGCCACAAGUCCGGCAAGGAGGAGACCUUCACAUUCCAGACACAGAGUCCACACGUCAAGAAGGAGUGGAUCACGGAGCUGCGUCUGGCCCAGCUGGCCCUCGAUCCGAACAACUCUCCCGCCUGGGAGCGUAGCGGCUCCCAGCCAGGCCAUCCGGCCCUACAGUCCGCUGAUCGUCAGGUGCCGCAUCACACACCCGAACAACUGCAGCUACAGGAGGCUAUACAGCAGAAGCAGUCGCGCAAGAUGCCGCUCUUUGUCAAGGCAAUGCCCAUCUUUAAGUCACAGCAUCAAUCCGAGGUGCGCUGUGGAUGCUAUUACAGCAUUGCCAAUGACACAAAGCAGAGCGGCAAUGCGCGACGGCGGCACAAGCAGCUGAAUUAUCUGUGGAUGUGCAGCAGCGAUGGCACCUCCUCGCAUGUCGCCAUCUUUGCCCAGCAUCCGCAGCAGGCGGGCAACUUGCGGGAGGCGGGUGCCUUCGACCUGCAGGAGACACAAGUGUCGGCACUGGAGUUCAUCAAGGGGCUGGACCAGUGGAAGAUGCAGCGCGAGGAGCCAUCGGCCAGCCUGCUGGGCGAUCUCAUUUGGAUGGGCACCGACAGCCGCAAGCUGUUGAUCUACUCGGCCCGCAAUCCGGAGCAGGAGGAGCAGCUCGGCAGCUACGCAGUGCCGGGCGCUGUGAAGCGAAUUCUCUACCAUUUCGAUGCCAUCUAUGUGGCCCUCUCGAAUGCCAGCGUCUUGAUAUAUCGGCGCGCCUUCGACGGGGUCUGGCAGAUGCGCGAACCGCAGCUGAUUGCGCUGGGCGAGACGGGUUUCCCCGUGCCCAGUCUGCUGCCGAUCAACAUGAAUAUCUAUGCCUCGUGCUCGAAUCGGGUGUACGUGCUGAACGCCCUCAAUGGGGAGCUGCAGCGCAGCUUCGAGGUGCAGCACGGCGCCACCCAGGAGGUGAAUCUGAUGGCCCACUCGGGCAUCGGUCUGUGGAUCUCGCUGAAGAACUCCACCGUGCUCUGUCUCUACCACACGGAGACGUUCAAGCAUUUGCAGGACAUCAACAUUGCGUCCAGUGUGCUGCGGCACGAUGGCCGCAAGGAGCAGCCGCUGAACAACACCUCUGUCUAUGUGACCGCUCUGAUGGCCUGCAAGGGUCUGCUCUGGGUGGGCACCAAUGUGGGCAUUGCCGUCACCAUUCCGCUGCCCCGCCUCGAGGGUGUGCCCAUCAUCAGCGGCGGCAUCAACAUGUCUUGCCACGCGCACUUUGGGCCGAUUACCUUCUUGCUGCCGCUCAUCCCGAAGGUGUAUCCCACCUACAAGCCGCCGCCCACCGGCCUCACUGUGCCGACAACAGUGCCCAGCAUGGGCGAUGACCUCCAGCUGCCGGCCAUCGAUGCCGAUCCGAAGCUGGAGAUCGACGAUUGCUCUGUCGUGCUGCGGCGCGACCUAAACAAGUCCGCGGACAGCUCCUCGAUUCCCUCGGGCUCCAUAAUGAUCCGAGACCUGAGCACGGAGACUGCCGGUGGCGGCGGCGGAGGCGACUCGGCCGCUCCCUCGGCUGCCUCCUCUCCGCGCAGCUCCAAGCUGGACAAGCAGGGAUCGCUGGACCAGAGCUUCACGGCAAAGAUCCGGGCCUCGCUGGCCAAUUCGCCGGCUUUCCAUCGCAAGCGAUUCCGCGAUUUGGGCGCCGCCCAGGAUGCCAGAAUGUCCAAGACUCUACCCAGGGGACAUGGCUCGACCGGCGGAGCAGCCGGAGGCGGUGCAUCGGGCGCUUCGGGAAGCGCUGGAGGAGGUUCCGCCUCGGGCUCCCAGCAUGGCGGGGAGCAGGGCUACUGCGAUGUGUACGGACUGUAUGGCAAGCUGAUUUUCGUGAAGGAGGACUACGAUGCCGAGGAGGGGACACAGGGCAAUCUCAUGGACAUGAUGUACGAGGGAAUGCGUCGCUCCGAUCCCGAAUUGGCCGCCAUACCCGGCAAGGUGUGCACCCUGGACCGGCGUCUGCGCAUGAAGGCCUCGAGGCCUCGCUCCCUCGAUCUAUCCAACUGGUCCGUGGACUCUAAGUCCUCCAGCCUGUACACGUCGUCGGGCAGCGAGGAGAGCAUGGGCAUUCGGCUCUUUGGCGGCCGUUCGGUGUCCCGCAACAGCAGCAGCGCCAGCCACAAGACAUCCGGCACUGGCAGCGAUCUGGGCAACAUUUCCGAGAACGGUCUCAUGACCACAGCCGACAUUCAUCACCAUCAGCAGCAGCAGCAGCAGUCCCAGGCACAGCACAGCACUCCCAACAAAUCGGAUAACACCUUGGGAGCUGGAGCAUCAUCUGGAGCAGGAACUUCUGCUGGAGCUGGACAGUCAUCGGAUAAGCCAGCGGCUGCCGUGGCCACACUGAAGCGCAAGCAGAAGCAAAAUACAAAGCAGCAGCAGCAGCAGAGCGCCGAUGGGCCCCGCACCGUGAUCACCCUGAUGGGGGGCCGCGGCUAUUGGCGGCACUUGUGGCAGAGCCCGAACGCAUCGCCCAGCCACAAGGGUGGCAGUGGUGGCAAGAAUGACGCCUCUGGCUCCGGCUGUGGACCGAGCGGCUCCGGUAAUGGUGGCGGCGGUGGGGGCUCCUCGCCGUCGAGUCCAUCGCUGACGGCCAACUCCAACGAUGCCCAUAUAGUGGUGUGGGAGAAGAAAUUAUAAAAUCAGGAGUUGGUGUGCUGCUGCACCCUACAGCAGCAGCCCCACCAGCACCAUCCGCCCCUCACGGAGCUGUGGCGCCGCGUGGGUGAGCAGCAGCAACAGCAGCAGCAGCAGCGGCGGGGACGCGGGCGUGUCCGCUUCCGCGGAUCGUUUAUGCAGCGUGAUCGCAGUGCCGGCAAUGAGGGGAAUCUCCUACGUCCCAGC